GCUGUUCGACACGCCGCUCCUCAACCUCUCGGCCAAGUCGCCUGUCGCCUCGUCCUCGGCCGCCCCCGCCCCAGCGACUCCCGCCAGCGCCAACAAGCGCAAGCGGUCGAGCUCGAAUGCCGCCAACGACGGCGCCGCACAGCACCAGGGCGGCCAGAGCGCUGCUGUACCUGCUGCCGAGAUCAACCUCGACAAGCUCAUGAAGCGCAUGAAGGCCGCCGAGGGUGCCUCGGGCGCCAAGGGCCACCAGCAGCAGCAGCAGUCGCCGCGACCGGCGCAGUCGAGCAACAGCGCCGCCAAGGGCAAGAAGGACACCAAGAAGGCGGCGACUGGCGCCAACAAAGGUCCGCUUGGGUCGGGCGCGCCGUCGUCGAGGGCGCCGGAGCCGGCGCCGUCCCCCGCCGCCGCCGCUCCGCCGAGCAAGCGGCAGAAGAAGAAGGGCAAGGGCGCCGCUCAGCAGCCUGACUCGCCCGCACCCGCACCCGCGUCAGCACCGCAACCCGUCAGCGCCGCCGUCGCGCAGCUCCCGCAGCCGCCCAAGCGGCACGUCGCGCCGAGCCAGGUCGUGACGGCGACGAGCGCGGGCAAGUCGGGCUCGAUGCAGGACAAGCUGCGCGCCCAGCUCGCCGGCGGCAAGUUCCGCAUGCUCAACGAGCAGCUGUACACGACGUCGGGCGACGAGGCCUACUCGCUCAUGCAGGACGAGGGCGCUUUCGACGACUACCACAUCGGCUUCCGGUCGCAGGCGGCGACCUGGCCCGUCCACCCGCUCGCCCUGAUCGCGCAGGCGCUCCUCUCGUCCCUCCCCGUCAACGCCCUCAUCGCCGACUUUGGCUGCGGCGACGCCGCUCUCGCACGCACCCUCCUCGUCGCGCAGAAGCAGCUCAAGGUCGCGUCGUUCGACCUCCUGAGCCAGUCGAGCUACGUCGUCGAGGCCGAGUGCUCGUCGGUGCCGUUGCCCGGUGGCGACGCAGGCGGCGAGAUCGUCGAUGCCGUCGUGUGCUGCCUGAGCCUGAUGGGGACGGACUGGAUCCGGAUGGUGCGCGAGGCCAAGCGGGUGCUCAAGGACGGCGGCGUGCUCAAGAUCGCCGAGGUGACGAGCCGGUUCACGUCGGUCGACGAGUUCGUCAAGCUCGUCAACGCGCUCGGCUUCUCGCUCUCGCACAAGGACGACUCGAACACGCACUUCCUCCUGCUCGACUUUGUCAAGAAGAGCGGCGCCGACGCGGUCGAGAACGUCAACACGGCGGCCGAGCGCACGCGCAAGGCGUCGACGCUGCUCAACCCGUGCAUCUACAAGCGCCGGUAGUUGGCGAGGAGGUCUGCGCGAGGACUUGCAACGACGUGGCGCCCGGGCUCGCAGUGUCUCGCGCUUCGUCUC